AUCGUCUUCUCUUCUCACUAGUCAUUACCGCUACUACUCCUACUUGUAGUUAUUCUUCACACUCUCUCUCGCUCUCUCCCAUUUCCAUGUCUUCCUCUCUCCCUCUCCCUCCGAACCUCCCUCUUCACGGCAAACCCUACUCUCUUCCGCACUACUCUCUCUUAUUCCCAAUUUCCAAAAUAUCCCCACGCUCCCUCUUCAAAUCCCACAUUUGCCACUCCACGAGCCCCUCCAAUUCCGACCGCGAAGAGGUCCGAUGGCUCCGCGAGGAACAGCGCUGGCUCCGUGAAGAGCAGCGCUGGCUCCGCGAAGAGCAGCGCUGGGCCCGCGAGCGCGACGCCCUCCUCCGCGAAAUCUCCGACCUCAAUCUCAGACUUCAAGCCAUAGAGCACCAGAACUCGAUACAAGGGGCUUCGGUGUCCGAAACCAUCGCGAAUAUCGCCAGAUUGCUGCAGGUGCUGAAGGAGAGGGGUCUGAUUGCGGAGAGCGGGUCGAGUGCGAGCCCGUUGGUGUUAUUAGAGAAGGAGAAGGAGAAGGAGAAGAAGAAGGAGAAGGAGGUGGUGGUGGUGGAGGAGAAGGUGAUUAGGGUUUCGGAGGAGGGAGAGAAGAAGAGGAGAAAGACGCUGAGGAAGGGAUCGGAAGGAGACGAGGUUCGAGCGAUGCAGGAAGCAUUGCAAAAAUUGGGGUUUUACUCAGGUGAGGAAGACAUGGAAUAUUCCAGUUUCACAAGUGGGACUGAGCGUGCCGUGAGGACCUGGCAAGCUGCACAAGGCGCCCCUGAAGAUGGGAUAAUGACUGCAGAGCUGCUUGAAAUAUUAUAUAUGGAGCAUCAAAUUGUUGGUGCUGGUUCAAACGUAGAUGCCGAUCAGAAGGGUAGUACCGCGACUGUUUCACCAAAGGAAGGUGCAAAUGGAGCUGCAGUUGCUUCUAUAAAAGAAAUUUCAGAGGUUCAGCAGAAAGUUGUUAAAGAAGGUGUUUCAAAAGUAGAGGUGUACCAACACCGAGUUUUUCUCCUAGGAGAGAACCGGUGGGAAGAACCCUCUAGAGUUGGAAAUAGCAAGGCAAAAGAUGCUACAACAAAGUGCCUUACCUGUCGUGGAGAGGGCCGCUUAAUGUGUGCAGAAUGUGAUGGAACAGGCGAGCCAAACAUCGAGGAACAGUUUUUGGAAUGGGUAGAUGAGGGAGCGAAUUGCCCAUAUUGCGAGGGCCUUGGUUAUACAAUUUGCGAUGUAUGUGAGGGGAAACAAUGAUCUAGUCUGGUCUACACAUUUCCUCUUCUGUUUUUGUAUGUUAUAGAGCAUGUAUCAUAACAUCAUGAUUUUUUAAAUACGAUAUGACUUGCCAUAUCUUUUCUUCUGAUAAAUACCAUAGAACUUGCGAGAUUGAAAUGGAGGAGGAUCGUGUAAUAAGUACUUAACAUCA